AUGGGAAAAUUUGUCUGGUUGCAUCAAAUCCUCUUAGUACUGUUGUUACCUUCGGGAGUCGAUUGUUCUCUAAGUUUGUCUUCCUCUUCUCUUAAUUAUUCAACUCCUUUAUGUCUACCAGAAGACAGCUCUGCCUUGCUCCAAUUCAAGAACACCAUUUCCAUUGAUGAUUCUGGCACUGGUUUCUGUCCUUACCCUUUCGCUUCUUAUUCAAAAACAAACUCCUGGAAUGAAAGCGCAAACUGCUGCUCAUGGGAUGGAGUCACUUGCGACAAGGUGACUGGUCAUGUCACCGGCCUCAACCUUAGUUGCUCUUUUCUUGUUGGCUCUUUUUCUGAAAACAGCAGUCUUUUCCGCUUUCAAGGACUCAAACGACUCAACCUUGCUUACAACAAAUUCAAUGGUUCUAUCCCUUCUGGGUUUAGCCAGUUAGUAAGUUUGACACAUCUUAAUCUUUCUGGUUGUUCCUUAUCUGGUUUAGUUCCAUCUGAUAUUUCUCUGUUGUCAAAACUAAUUUCACUUGAUCUUUCUAAGAAUUCUUAUUGGGAUUUGGAAUUUGACAGCCGCAGUUUUGACAAGCUUAUGCAUAACUUGUCAGAAUUAGAAAAUCUUUUCCUUGACCGUGUAAACAUGUCUGAUGUUUUGCCUUCCUCCUUGAUAAACUUGACUUCAUCUCUAAAGCGUUUGGGUCUCGGUAAUAGUGAGUUACAGGGGGAAUUCCCUACUGAAAUGUUUAACCUGCCGUACAUCGAGUAUCUUGAUAUAAGCUCGAACUUUGAUUUGAGAGGUCAUCUCCCUAGAUCAAAUUGGAGUAGUCCCCUUACGUUCUUGGACCUUCGCUUUAGUGGUUUUAAAGGGUCAAUUCCUUCCGCCCUAGAAUAUUUAGACCUCAAUCGUAACAGGCUUACCGGUCCAAUCAAUCUGAUUCAAAAGCCUAAUUCAGUUCAGCAAGUGUUUUUGGCCAAUAAUGACAUACAUGGUGAAAUACCAAGUUCUUUCUUUGAUCUUGCAAAUCUUACCCAACUUGAUCUUUCAUCAAACAACUUGACUGGCGUCAUCAAUUCCGCUAUGCUUUCAAAGCUUGGGAAUCUUGAAAAACUCGAUCUUUCAUCAAAUAAUUUUAGUGGCGUCAUCAAGUUAGAUUUCCUUUCAAAGCUCAAGAAUCUUACAACACUUGAUCUUUCAAAUAACAGGCUGCUAUCUUUGAGUAGCAGCGUUGGUGUUAACUAUUCUUUUCAAGAGCUCCAGACUUUUUCAUUCUCUUCUUGCAAUGUAAGGCAGUUCCCAAAUUUCUUAAGAACAGCAAAGAAAUUGAGAGUUCUUGAUCUUUCUUUUAACAAAAUUCAUGGCUCAAUUUCCAAAUGGGAAUCAGAAGGGUGGGAAGAAUUGCACAGUUUAAACCUUUCUCACAACUCACUGAUUAGUUUAGAGCAAUUUCCAGGGAAGCAUCUUGAAAUCCUUGAUCUUCGUUCCAACAAACUCCGAGGUCCUCUUCCAGCUUCACCACCUUCAUUGCGAGAGUUUUUCGUGUCCAAAAAUCAAUUGACAGGAAAAAUCCCUCCUUCGAUUUGUAAUAUGACUUCACUUGAGAUUCUUGAUUUGUCUGGAAAUAACUUGAGUGGAAUUAUCCCAGCGUGCCUUGGAAAUUUCAGCAAUUCAAUCUCAACCAUAAACCUACAGAAGAACAACUUUCAUGGCAAAAUCCCCGAUUACUUUGUUCACAAUAUUUUGUUGACAAAUCUUGCCCUUAAUGACAACCAAUUGGAAGGGUUAUUGCCACGAUCCUUGAUUAAUUGUACUCUUUUGAGAUUUUUAAAUUUGGCAAAUAACAAGUUAAGGGAUACCUUUCCCCAUUGGUUGGAUAAACUUCCGAAUCUUCGUUUUCUUAUCCUCCGAUAUAAUAGAUUUCAUGGUCCCUUCAACAUUUCCAUAGUUCCAUCUUCCUUUCCAUCAUUGCAAAUAAUUGACCUCUCUCAAAAUGAGUUCAGUGGCGUCUUGCCAACAAAAUUUUUCCAAAGUUUGGAAGCUAUGAAAGUUGUGAAAGAUGAAUUGGAAGUUACGAAGGCGGCAUUGGAAGUUACGAUGGCUGCAAUGACACGUUCAACUCCAGCCAUCACAUGUCCUCCAUCUGAACCAUAUGGGAAGUGUCGGCCACGGACGUUUGCUUCAAUUGGUUUUGAUAGUUUUGUGAAAUUAACAAUGAAAAGGUUGGAGAUAGAGCUACAGCUGGAGAAAACAUUACCCGGUUUCACACUCAUAGAUUUUUCAAACAAUCGAUUUUCUGGACGAAUCCCUGAUGCACUUGGCGAACUUCAUGCUCUUUUAGUGCUCAAUCUCUCACACAACAACCUAAAUGGUUCCAUCCCAUCGUCAUUUGGAAGUAUGGAAGCAAUUGAAUCAUUAGAUCUCUCGUGGAACAAGCUUGGUGGCAGGAUUCCUACUCAAUUGACGAAUCUGACAUUUCUGGAAGUGUUGAAUCUGUCACAAAAUAAUCUCAUCGGACCUAUCCCGCAUGGGAAUCAAUUUGAUACUUUCGAAAAUGAUUCCUAUAGCGGCAACUUGGCAUUGUGUGGCCUCCCACUGUCAAAGAAAUGUGGCGACGCUAAGGGACCAAAACCACUUACAACAGUGUUUGUGGAAGAUGAAGGUUCUGCAAUACCCUUUAUUUGGGACCUUGCAAUGAUGGGCUAUGGAUGUGGAUUGGUGUUGGGACUGAGCAUGGGAUACAUUGUUUUCACAACUGGAAGACCAGGUGGU